AUGGAUGUGGUGGAACCUCAUUUGCUGACUGACAAGGAGUCGGGCAAGACAUUCACUGUGUCGGAGGUUAAGCUGUACGGUGACGUGGUGAUCCGCUGGGUCAGUGGCAACAUCGCAGGACCUUUUGUGUCUGACUACCAAAAAUGUGACAGUUUUCCUGGCGUGAACAUUGGCAUCAAGCGCCUUGAUCAUUGUGUGGGCAACGUACCGAGUUUAUUGGAGGCAGUUGGGUACAUCACAGACUUCACGGAAUUCCACAUAUUUGCCGAGUUUACGGCCGAAAAUGUGGGAACGCUGGACUCAGGGCUCAACAGUAUGGUGCUAGCCAGCAACAACGAAAUGGUACUACUGCCUGUCAAUGAACCGACAUUUGGCACAAAGCGCAAGAGUCAGAUCCAGACGUAUCUCGAACAAAAUGUUGGUCCAGGUGUGCAGCACAUUGCGCUAAAGACGGACGAUAUUUUUCGGCCACUGACAGAGAUGCAGAAGCGCAGUCACUUGGGAGGUUUUGAGUUUAUGCCUCGCCCAAACCAACUCUACUAUGAUCAAAUGCCUAAGCGUAUCGGUGACGCUUUGACCAAGGAGCAAUACAAGCAAAUCGAGCAGCUGGGCUUGCUUGUUGACAAGGACGAUCAACGCAUUCUUUUGCAGAUAUUUAUAAAACCUCUUGGCGACCGCGCGACGGUCUUUUUUGAAACUAUUGAGCUUGUUGGUCGUAUGAAAGACGUAGCUGGUUGA